CGAGCAUCCAGGAAAAGUUGAUUUUUGCGUGUAUAACUAGUAAACAGAUUGAAUCCAGUUGUCAAAAAUAUUGUUCAAAAGUGGAAAAUCUCCGACUGUUUCGCAGGAAAUAUUAAUUUUCCCAUCCAAAAAUGAAGUCCGCUCUAAUGGUAGCAGAAAAACCGUCGCUGGCGGCAUCAUUGGCAACAAUAUUGAGCAACGGGAAGUGUUCCAGUAGAAAGGGCUCGAACAAUGCCUGCUCCGUGCACGAAUGGUUCGGAAACUUCCGCGGCGAGCAGGUCAAGUUUAAAAUGACUUCUGUUUGCGGACACAUCAUGGGACUGGAGUUUGUCGGCAAAUUUAACUCUUGGGACAAAGUGGAUCCGGCGGAGUUGUUCUCUUGUCCGACGGAAAAGAAAGAAUCCACCCCCAAUCUGCGCAUGCCGGCAUUUUUGAGCCAGGAAGCGAAAGGCUGCGAAUAUUUGAUCCUGUGGCUCGAUUGCGACAAGGAAGGGGAGAACAUUUGCUUUGAAGUCAUGGCGGCAGUGUCCGGUGUGAUGCGAAACGUUUUCUCGAACCGUGUCACAUACAGAGCAAAGUUCUCCGCUAUUACCGAUAAGGACAUCAAAUAUGCAAUGGAUAAUCUUAUUCACCCAAAUGAAAACGAGGCAAAAUCCGUCGAUGCCCGCCAGGAGCUGGAUCUCCGGAUAGGAUGUGCAUUCACCCGUUUUCAAACGAAGUUCUUUCAAGGGAAGUACGCAGAUUUGGACGCGUCCCUCAUUUCCUACGGGCCAUGUCAAACGCCUACGCUUGGGUUUUGUGUGCAAAGACACGACGAAAUUCAAACUUUCAAGCCGGAAAGCUUCUGGUACGUUCAAGUGACCGUCGGAGAAAACCCGGAAAUCAAACUCGAGUGGUCCAGAGUUCGGAUAUUUGAGAAAGAAGUGGCCUGCAUGUUUCUGAACAAAGUGAAGGACCAGAAGGAAGCUUUAGUCGAGAGCGUAACUUCCAAAGAAACGUUUCGCAGUAGACCUCAGGCUUUGAACACGGUUGAACUGAUGAGAGCUGCCAGCGCUGGAUUGGGAAUUGGUCCACACACAGCAAUGCAAAUAGCAGAAAAAUUAUAUACUCGUGGCUACAUCAGUUAUCCUCGUACUGAAACUACUCAGUAUCCAACAAACUUUGAUUUAGUUGGUGUGGUUAAACUCCUUCAACCGUCUUCGGAAUUUGGCGAAGAAGCCCGAGAUAUACUGCGCGAUAUGAGCAGUCCUCGCAAGGGAAACGACGCUGGAGACCAUCCUCCUAUCACCCCAAUGAAGUUGGCCUCUCGCAAUGAAUUGGAUGGUGGCGAUACCUGGCGGCUCUACGACUAUAUUUGCCGUCACUUUUUGGGAACCAUUUCGCGAGAUCUCAAGUAUCGUUUGACGACCACCAAGUUCAAGAUCAACAACGAACUGUUCACCAACACCUCAAGCGUUUUGAUCGAUCCUGGUUAUACAAAAGUAAUGACAUGGCAGGCAUUCAACAAAAACGAAGUCAUCACCCCUUUUACGGUAAACGAGAAGGUUAAAAUCAACGACGUUCGAUUAGUGGAAAGCCAAACUGGUCCGCCAGACUACCUGACCGAGUCGGAGCUCAUCUCUCUCAUGGAAAAGCAUGGAAUCGGCACAGAUGCGUCCAUUCCGGUGCACAUUAACAACAUUUGUCAGAGAAAUUACGUUGCAAUCGGUGGGGGCCGGACGCUAACCCCCACAAAUCUCGGCAUCGUGCUAGUGCAUGGAUAUCGAAAGAUUGAUCCCGAGCUAGUCCUUCCUACAAUGCGUUCAGCGGUAGAGCAGCAGUUGAAUCUCAUAGCACACGGAUCAGCAGAUUAUCGUUUGGUUCUCAAGCACGCGGUGGAAAUUUUUCGACUAAAAUUCUUGUACUUCGUGCAAAACAUCAGCAAUAUGGACAUACUGUUCGAGGCAACAUUCUCUUCGCUGUGUUCAUCGGGCAAAGCUCUCUCUCGUUGCGGUAAAUGUCGCCGAUAUAUGAAGUACAUCCAGACGAAGCCAGCUCGGCUCCACUGUUCACAAUGUGACGAAACCUACACAAUGCCAACCAAGGGAAUAGUGCGCGUCUAUCGCGAACUGAAAUGCCCACUGGAUGAUUUCGAACUGUUGGCGUGGUCAAAUGGCGCAAAGGGCAAAUCUUAUCCUCUGUGUCCAUACUGCUACAAUUACCCGCCUUUCAGGGACAUGCCGAAGAAUUCGGGCUGCAACAGUUGUCCCCAUCCAACGUGUGCCCAUUCACUUUCCAGUUUGGGCGUCUCCAGUUGCAUCGAGUGCGACCGAGGUGUUCUCGUGCUAGAUUGCACCAUGUCGCCAAAGAGCUGGAGACUUGUGUGCAAUUUCUGCGAUGUUAUCAUCAAUUGCUUCGACGACGCUGUGAAGGUCAACGUAGAAGGCGAUUCUUGCGAAGAAUGUGGAGCUCAACAAGUAACUGCCAUUUAUAAAGCUGAGAAAACACCGUUCAAAGAUGAUGUAACAGACAAGAAAGGAUGCAUAUUUUGCUUUGAAGAUUUUAUUCCACUGGUUGAAAAACAUAAAGCAGUUGAAAUGCGUCGGGCACAGGGAGGCAGAGGCAGAGGACGAAGUGUGCGCGGGCGCGGAGGCAAAAGUAGUAGAGGACGCAACAAGCCACCCAAAGACAAGAUGGCACAAUUGGCGGCUUAUUUUGUGUAAUCAAUAUAUGUAUUCCUAUAUUGUAAGCCCUUUAUUUCUUAUUUAUUAGCCUGGAAAGCCGCCUAACUAUGCAUGUUUUAGAACUAUUCUUUAUCUAAGAAGCAAUUGAAUAUGACCAAAAUUACGCAAUUUAG